AUGGGCGGUAUUGCACUGUUUGCAAAAAAAAAAAGACAAGAGAAACAAUUGGCCAAGGCGUGCAUCCCCCGAAGGAGACAUACUAGCACCAAUUUGUCUAAAUUAUCCUCGGGAGGGAGGAGUGGGUUCUUACUAUUGUUGUAUUAUUUUGGAGAUAUGAAGUUGAAGUUUAUCAUAUACGGGUAAAUUACUUGAUCUUACUAUCCUCACUGCACGAGUACUGUACUAGUACUGUACUCAGCCUAGCAUAUCCGAAAAUGAUGGUAAAAAAUAACAUUACCAUGGUACAAGUAUAGCUCCAAGUGCAUCAGUUACGAUACUUUUCUAUCAUAUCAUAUAUGUAGGGAUAUUUUUGGUAUCAUUCUCUGACCUUAUAGGUGUUGUUAUUUCUGUAUGAUACUAGUAGUGUUUUAUCAUGUUAAAAUUGAAAUUUAAUCUAGUAAAAGACUGCUUAACUUUUGGAGAGGGAUAUACGGGUUUUCUAACUGUCUAGGUGGUUUGUCCUGGGGCUAUCAUAGUACUGUAGCUUAAUUUGUAUUAUAGUUGAAUUUUCAUUCAAGCUAGAGCAACUUUU